CUUGGUAAUGGUGUUUGUUUUGAUUUGCAGCUGUGAUGAAAUUGCAGUGGGUUGUGGUUGUUGUCGCGAAAUAAUAGUUUUAAAAGAACAAAAUACGCAUGGAAAAUAAACUAGAUAGCUACCGGAAAACAAAACGUCGGCAAGCGCUCCUGAACGACGUUAAGGAUCGGAUUUACAACAUGGUAUCCUUCCACCAGGUGCAAACGGAGGAGAAAGUGUCCCACGUCAUUAUAGAAGCGGAUAAUGAGCCACCACCGAAGGAAAGUAGCAGUAGGAGGAAAGGCGUGGAGGUUGAAGUUGCGAAAAUCAAAGCCAAAGCCUUCCGUUCCUUUCCGAGCCAGCCGGAACCAGCAACCUUCGACGAGUCGGAUCAUUCGGACGGUGCAUUAACGAACGUGGCAGUAGAGCCGGAAGCUAAACCGCGCUCAUGGCUUACGUAUGUAACUUAUCUGGUGUACUUCCUCUUUUGGGCUACCCUGUAUGCCAUCGCGAUAGAGCUUCGGUUCGGCGUGGUCUUUCUGAUGCUUUCGGCGCUGUUCGGAAUCUACUUCAAUACGCGCACCAAGAAGGCACCGGGCGAGAUCAGUGCGUACAGUGUGUUUAACGAAAACUGCCAGGCAAUCGAUGGCACCCUAAAGGCUGAACAAUUUGAGCGGGAGAUUGGCAUAAGGCAUUGACUGUGGCGCUUUGGAAGAAGUCAAUCGUCAGAUGGAUGUAUUUAUUUUCGAUCGUUAUACAUGAUUAGGAAUGUAUUGGACGGGUGAGAUUAACAGUUUACAACACACAAAAAAACGCAUUUUUUAAAAGGGUAAUGAAUGAAUCAUUGUGAUUGAAUAUAAUGUAAUACUAUAUACAUA